CAGUCAUGUCGGCUAGAUUAACUCACUCUCGGCAAUUGGUUGGUCAACGCAAACUCAUGGCUCCCUGCCGUUCAAACCCUUUGGAAGGGUUUUGGGUCAAAACGCCUCCAACGUUGCCGGUUGUGAGAGUAGGCCGCACCGGCGAGGUUCGCCUUCCAGCAGCGGGACGAAUGCUCGCGGACGAGACGCACGCAGGGCGAGUGGUCAAUGUCGCGGAGCAAGCGAAGGCCCUCAACGUUGCGGAGCACGCCAAAGCGACCGGGUCGAGCGUGUUGAUGAUGCCCGAGGUGGAAAUCCCGGAGCACGCAGGAGGGAGGAUGAGUAGAAUCAUUGCACGCAAGGGAGCGGACGAGCCCGUGCAGCGAUGGUGGCAGCUCUCCUCGAUCUCAGCGCUCGACAUUUUGCUGUCUGCGCCGCAUAUCUGAGCAUGGCGAAGUGAUACACGAUAAUGAUAGCGCUACAACCCACCGUCUUUACCCAAUGUACCCACGCGAUAUCAUCAAAGCAUUCAAAAAGAUGCAUAUAAGUACAAGAAAGGCUGGCAAGACUCAUAGCUUCAACUCCAACGAGGCACCUUUCUUGAAGCAAUCCAAGAACCCUUCGCUCUCCGACGCGCAGUCGAUCUCCUCGACCAGAGGUCUACCGAACGGCGCCAGUGACGGAGGGGGUAUCAAUCCUUGCCUCUCGUAUUCCUGACGCUGGCGCUUCUUGUUCUCUUCUUCUUCCUCGAAAUUCUCCUUGCGUUGACGGCGCUUCUUCUUCUUUACGAGGAUGGGGUCGAGGAAGCAGUG